AUGUCGUUGCGAGGCGCCCCUCUCGCGUACGUCAAUUCGUCGCGCGCAUUUGCCUACUUGGCAGAGCGUGGUGAGGAUGCGCUGUAUGCGGUGAAGGAUGUGCUGGGUGGCACAGGUUCUUCCAAGUACCUCGAUACCGGCGAUGACAAACUUUUCCUCGUCCCGCAGCAGCUGGAAAGCACGCACGACGAGGACCGCUUGGAAGGCCUGAAGCGUGUCGUGGCGAUGAUUUCCAAAGGCCGUGAUGCGACGCCGUAUCUAGCGUCCGUGUUCAAGCUCACCUCGACGAAAUCGCUCGAGAUUCGGAAGUUGGUGUACAUUGUCGUGCUCCGCUACGCAUCCUCGCAACCCGACCUCGCGCUUCUCUCGAUCAACAGCUUCCAGCGGGACCUGUCCGAUCCAAACCCACUUAUUCGUGGCAUGGCACUCCGUGCACUGAGCAGCCUACGACUUGACAUGGUCGCUGGCGUAGUCAUGCUCGCCGUUGGGAAAGCCGUGCGCGAUGUUCAUCCCUACGUUCGCCGCGUCGCUGCGUACGCUUUGCCGAAAUGCUAUGCGUUGGACGAAAGUGAAUAUGAUACACUCAUCGAACACCUCACGACCCUGUUUCGCGAUACCUCGCCGCAGGUCCUUGGCCCUGCCCUCGCCGCAUUUCUCGCACUGUGCCCGACGAAUUGGCCGAUGCUGCACCGUCAUUUUCGCAAACUGUGCUAUGCACUCGUGGACAUGGACGAAUGGUCGCAACCCAUAUGUGUGGAUGUUCUAGUGCGCUACGCAAGACUGCAUUUACCUGCACCAAAAGACGCCGCCGGAAGGCUGGAGUUAGACCCCGACCUGCAACUGCUGCUCGAAGCCGUGCAGCCGCUACUUUCCAGUUUGUGCCCUGCUGUGGUGAUGGCUGCUAUCGACGCUCUACUUCAUCUUGCCCCGCCCUCGCAGCAUGCCGCCGUGGUGCCGCCGUUCCUGCGCCUUUUGCGCAGCUCGCACGACAUUGCGUAUGUCGCCACAGUCCGCGCAUUGUCCAUCGCGGAGGAAUACCCUUUUCUCUUGGCAGGGCAUCUCACCGCGUUUUACGUGCGUGCAAAUGACCCCCUCUAUCUCGCGCUCGCCAAGCUCGACGUAUUAGUGCGGCUCGUACAGCCUGACGAGGCGCGCGCGUUGGCUGACGAGCUUAGCGUGUAUACCCAAUCUCAAACAUCCUCGGUCGCGUUGAAUAGUGUAGCUGCGCUGGGCCAGAUCGCAUGCCAGCACUGCGGCGCGGCAACGCAUUGUUUCACGCGCCUUUUCGCAUUGACACAGGACGACCUAAUCGCGGAAGCGGUGGCGAAUCGCGCAGUUCAAAUGCUGCAGCUCCUGUUAGGAUCCAAUGCGGACGUUGGGGACCAGGCGAUAUCCAUCAUUGUACGCUUGGCAGCGCGCCUCUUCGUGCCGCUCGCCGCAGCAAAGGGUGGUGCGCAGUGUCGGAUCCUGACAGAGCCGUGCGCGCGCGCAGCAGUCCUUUGGAUGCUUGGGCAGCAUUGCGGCGCGCAACUUGCGGCGCCUCAAAGCGUGCUUGAACGCAAAGGAAUCCGAGCCGACGCCACUUUGUGUGAGCUCAUUGUCCCAGACGUGUUGCGCUGCUUAGUCGGACAUUGGCGCAAAGAGCAUCCGAUUGUGCAAGCGCAGGCACUCACACUUUCGUCCAAGGCGACCAUCACGAUUGUAGACACGGACGCCGAUGCGCGACUGCGCACUGUGUUGGGAAUGCUCCAUUUUGAGCUGCUUUCGCUUGGUGUGCACAGCCCAAGCGGCGACGUGCGCGGUCGUGCGCGCUUCUACAGUGGUAUUACACGGCGCUUUGGCGACCAUGUUUCGAUUGUCCAGUCUGGCGACGAGCAAAUCGAGCGCUACAUUGAAAGCCAUUUAUCGUUGGAUACGCUCCGCCUCCCUGGGAUUCGUUUGCGCAGGACACAGGCACAGCAUAUACUUUUUGCGCAUGAUCCACAUACACACAAAGACAUUGUGCAGCAGCUCAGCUUUGCACAUGCGCCGCUACAAGGCGUCGCCCCCUUUGUGCAAGGGAUGCAGCUUGUAGGAACGCGUGCUGGGCCGGUACCGCCAUGGCAGGACGAAUCGCAGCUCCCCCCCUCGAUUGUUCGCUUACCAGAUACAGAAUCUCUGCACCCGAAUCUUGCGCAGGUGCGCUCCAUCUCCAGUGAGCAGUCCAGCGCAGGCACUAUGGCCGCCAGGAUGGAAGCACCUGUACAAGAGCACAUUCCCUUGACGCCCGCAAGUGUUUCACAUCCCGUGCGCAAAUCGCGAUACGCGGAUCUGGACGCAUUCCUUAAUGACGACGAGAGUGAUGUGGAUCUUGAUGCGCGCGCCCCUGAGGACGAGGAAUAUGCACUCUCCGACGCGAGCGAAUCCACCCAAGGAAGUAUGUCCUCCACAUAG